AUGUCCUACCACCAAGUCAAAAGGCCACGCUUGGCGUUGAGCUGUCUUGUAUGCCGCCGUCGAAAGGUCAAAUGUGGCAAAGAACAGCCACGGUGUCAGAAUUGCGAGCGGAUGGGAGAGACUUGUGUCUAUAAUACAGGCAUUCGUGACCCACAAACAGGUCGAGUAUGUCACUCGACGGAGCAGAAAGAGGGCAAUACUACCACAGAGUUGAGCUUCAAUGGUCAAUUGGGAUACGAGGAGCCCAAUCAAGAGAACUCUUCUUCGAACCAGUAUAUCUCACAGGAAUCUAGUGUUUCUGUCCCUGUAGAUCAUAUCAGCUUUCAGCCAGGCUCUCGAGUUCGGCACAUUGGCAAAACAUUCUGGGGCUUUGUGAACGGCCAGGUAAGAAAGCUCUCUUAUACAUCAAUUCUGAAGAAGAGGCCUUCCGGCAUGCCUCCGCCGCAUAUUUCAUCGGUAUCUCUGGCAAAGACGAUGGGCCUCCUCCCCACUAAACCAGUGAGCGAUACCUUGGUUCGGUCAUUCUUCGUGAGCGUAUAUCCAAUCCAUCCUGUGCUAGAUAUAUCAACCUUUCAAUCCGACUAUGAUGCCUUUUGGGCGUGGUCUCGGGAAGGUAGCUUAGUCCCACCGCCGAAAUUAGUCGACGAUCCAACAUUCUUUUGUCUCCUUUUUGCGGUGUUCUAUGCAGGUGCUUUCGUUAUCCCAGCAGCGAUCUGGGAGAAGUAUCCACCCCCAUUGAACAAGCUUGACCGAAAUACAACUAUCGAGCAACAGAAAACUGCCUGCUCUACCAGUCUAGAUGCCUGUCAAGCCACCGAAUACCCAACGCUCAAUACUAUAGCAACAUCAAUCUUGGUACAGACACUCUCUAGUUCUCAGUCGACCCUUGGGCAUGGGCUCUUCGUGGCCACAACCAUUCGUCUUUCACAGAGCCUGGGUCUUCAUCGAGAAAUAGAAGCGGCAGAAUUUCAAUCCUCACACCACUAUCGACGACGUAUAUGGUGGCAUGUGCUAUGGCUAGACAUCCAAUCUAGUAUCGCUACCGGGCUGCCACCAUGUUACGAAAAUGAUAAACUAGCUGUGCUGCUCAUGGUCUCUGCCCCUCCAAAAAGAUCAGCUGUUAUGUUUUAUGCCAUUGGGCGGUACGAAACAGCGCGACUACAGAGCUCUAUCCUCAAAGAAUUUCAAAGUGCCUUCUCACCUAAUUCAAGUGGAGAGCAUAAAAUUCCUGUGGAUUCAAUAACAAGGCAUCUCGAUGCCAUUAAGUCUCUUCAUUCUAUCAUUGAUGGCCUCAUUACCAAAAUACCAGCAUAUGAUACAACAGAAGGACUAGUUCCCGCGUCAUGGACAAACGCUUCACCGCAAACCCAUCCAACUCUUUAUGAGGAUAAUUCAGACAAUCCAGGCAUUCUGGGUAUUUGGGUCAAAAGUAUGCUCUCUUUUAUCAAGCUAGAAGCAAUGCUUAUGUUGCAAAAACUGCUUCUGGGCCCUCCAGAAUCAACUUCAAGCCGGGCAUAUUGGCCAAGAACUAUCCAAUUAUGCCUCUAUUUCCUCCAGAGUUACUUACAGCUCUGCCGCACACCGGCCUUCGAACCUUAUGCCUGGUUCUUCUCGGACUAUUACGUCCCACGACAGUGCUCCCUCUUGGUCUUACUAUAUUUGAAUUACUACCCACAGCCCGAGCGUGUGCAAGAAGCACAGUACCUUGUCAAUGAAUUUAUAGAUUACGUCUGCACAAGGCAUGAACUUGUGCGUUUGGCGAAAGAGCAGCCUCAACCUCAACAGAGACCUGAUCUGCCCUCGGACAUCAAACUUCUUAUACGUCUCCGCGAGCAGCUGGAUUCAAGGCAGCGCAAUACUGAUAACCACAACCCCUAUUCUGUUCAAACCGAACAAGCCAACACUACCAUCCCAUCACCCGGCAUGGAAGAAAGUCCCGUGGCGGAGGUCUUCACUGCUUUUCAGAUUUGGCCAUCAAUUAUAUAA